AUGAUGACCGCAAUAGCUGCGCUCUUUGGCAUUGGCUUACCAUGCGCAGAAAUCUCCGACGAUGAGGCCUCGGAGGUGAGUAGUAACGAUUACGCUCCGGCCGCACCGAUCAGGGUGAAGCCAGAGAAGAAUUCCAAGUCCAAGUCAAAGACUCCUGUCGAUGACCCCGAGCCUGAGCCAGUGGCUGCCGUCGAGUCUGAUGGCGGAGACGAUGAUGAGGAGGAGCUCGCGGAAGAUGAGUACACUGUGGAGGCCAUCACCAACCAUUUCGUCGACGAAGAUACUGGGGUGUUGCGAUUUGAGGUGAAGUGGCUGGGAUUCGAGAAGAAAUCUGAUAGAACCUGGGAGCCGGAAGAGAACCUGUUUGAAACCGCAUCCGAAAUCCUCGAUAAGUAUCUGAGCUCAGUUGGUGGCAAGGAAGCCAUUCUGGCCGCCUGGGAGGAGAGAAAGGCCGAGGCAGGUACGGGAAAGAAGGGCAAGAAGCGCGGAAGAACCAGCGCAGGGGAGAAGACAAAUGGGACGAAGAAAGGCCGUAAGUCUAAGGAACACCCGGCAUCCGGAACUCCUCCGUUGAGCGCUACCUCGGCCGAGUUCAAGCCACCAGGAGGAACUUGGGAGGAUGCUGUCAUUGCCAUUGAUGCGUGCGAGGGCAAUGACAGCAACGUCGUUGUCUACCUCACCUGGAAGGGCGGACACAAGACUCAACACCCGCUGGCCCAAGUGUACAAGCGAUGCCCACAGAAGAUGCUUGCCUUCUACGAGAGCCACUUGGUCUUCAAGAAGAACGACGAUCUGUCAUAA